GCCUGUUCACGGAAAGCCGAUUGAUUUGUCUGCUGGUUCAGGCUGACGUGGCGGUGACGAGGCUGGUGAAUCGCGUGCUGGUGUACGGACUCGAGAACGGGCUGCCCAUGCUCUUCAAUUGCGACGUCAGCGGCAUGGAAAUCUACCCCACUGUAUUUGCACUGUGGCGUGUACCCGACCUGCUGCCAUCGUUCCUUCUCACGGGCGAGGAGGUUUCCCGCUAUCUUCUUUCAGGGGCUGACCUUAUGGCGCCAGGCGUGGAGGUGCCUGUCGAAGGUUUGCCAGCGUUCCAACCAGGGGAGGUGUGGUCAGUGAAGGUUCCAGGAAACUCCUGCCCCAUUGCUGUGGGCAUCACAAUGUUAGGGAGUGAAGAGGUUAUCCAGGCAGGCAUGAGAGGAACGCUCCUCAGAAUAACCCACUCUUACCGUGACUCGUUAUG